GGCAAAGCCGAUACGACAGCAGCGACGACGACUGCGGCGCAACAACAAAAGUUCUAGCCAUUUGCCGACAACUGUUAAACGUGUUCGUUUCUUUCUGCUGCGCGCUUGCCGCCCUUACAGCUCCAAGGUUUGAAACAACAACAGCAACAACAACUGCCGACAACUAUAAACGUAAUCAAAGCAACAAAGAAGCGCACAACGCAAAAACAAAGUCUUCAACUCAGAGCGACAGAGAGAGGGACGAAGAGAGAGAGAGAGCGUACUAAACAGAGAGUGCGAGUGAAAGGCAAAAGACAGAGCGUGGGAGAGUCAGAUCAACGCGCACAGAGCUACAUAUAGAGACGCAGGAGAGCAGAAGAGUAGACGCAGGCAGCUGCUGUAGCUUGGCCAAUACAAAAAAUUACGCAUACGCCGCGUGAAGCGCAAUCGCAGCCAAGAAGAAAAAAACACAAAUCAAACAGAAAAACAAAAAAAAAAAAAAAGAUUAAUUAUAAUAUAAACCGCUCAGCACUGACUCAACCCCAGCACGCCAGUUGCCGCGCCACGCCCCGCAACGAACCGGACCGCCCGCACAAACUCUCAUCAAUGGUGUUGGCUAUCAAUAUCGCAAAAAACAAUCAAAGAUAGUUUCGGCAAUUCUUUAACCGUGUGCAAAGUGUCCAAACAACUGGAACAUCUCAGCAACAACAACAACAACAACAACAACAGGAACAGGCAACCGCAGCCUCAGAGCCACCGUGCAAGCAGCAUUGGUGGUGCAAUUUUCAAACUGUAGCCGGCUAGAAACUCAGCUUCAAGACGUCUUGCAAACGGCUGAAAAUGGAAAAGACUCCCCGGUAUACACAGCGGGAGCGCAACAUGGUGCUCGGGUAUGCGGCCCAGUACAAAGAUGUGAUUGAGAAUAAGCGCACAGACGCCGAGUCCAAUCGGAAAAAGGAUGAGGUCUGGCUGCAGAUAGCCAAAGAGUUCAACUCGAAGGUCUAUCAUCAGCGCAGCGCCAAGCAGCUGCGACAGCUCUACAAGAACAUGAAGCUGCUGCUAAAAAAGGAUCUAUGUGGCGAGGACAAGGGCAAUCGCUCAUUUAUGGAUCUGCUCAACACGCUCUCGCAACAGGAGUCCGUGGCGCAGUACAUAGCCGAGCAAAUGUCACCGGAUGGCGCCGGAAGUCAAGCGACCGGAAACGGUCGCCAUUUGGCCGAUGACUACGAAGAUUCAAAGUUGCCCAUGUACGAAGGAAUGGACACAGAUGUCAUACUGAUCAAAUCGGAGACAAUUAGCGAUAAUGAGCAGACAGAGAACGGCAUUGACUGCAUGGAUGAUGAUGACGAUGACGAUUGCCCCAGUCCAAAGGCGCCCGAAGUGUGUCUGGAGGAGGAGGACGAGGUGCUAUUCGCCACAGAUCUGCGCCAGCUGCAGCAGCAAAGCGCCGGCGUCUCCAUGCCCAGCAGAGACUUGGCCAAUGGCGGCAGCAGUAUGUGCAACAACAACAACAACAACAACAGCGAUCCAUUACCGCGUGCGUCUAGCUCACCCGUGGGCUCCACCAAGACCUCCAUCUCAUCCGCAGGCAGUUAUAUGUCCGGGGGCGUGCCAAAGGCGGAAAUAAUGCUCUCCAGUGUGGGCAACAUACGCGUUGGCGCUUUUGCCAGCAUUAACAAGACCCUCCAGAAUGGCAACAUGAACAGCAGCAGCAACAACAACAACAACAGCUGCAACAACAACAACAAUAACAGCAUCAGCAGCAACAACAACAACAACAACAGCAAUGGACUGCAGCUUACGGCGGAGCAAAUGGAGCAGCACUUGCUGCUUAACGGCUUAGGUCUGUCGGCGGUGCAGCAUCCACCGGCGCACACGCUGCAGGCGGCCAUCAAUGCGGCAACGAGCGGCGUGGGCAGCUCGCGGCAUGCAACACAAACGUUGCAGCUGCCGCGUUUGGCGCGCGGUCACACAGUGGAAAGAGGUGCAACGGCAGCGGCAACAGCAGUCGCCGCUGCAGCCGCUGCCGCUGCCGCUGCUGCCACAAAUGGGUCGAACCGAACGGGCGGCGUACAGCUGCUGCUCAAUGGACACCAGAGCCGGGACAAGGCGCAGGCGCACCAGCAUCUCCAGCAGAGCAGCGGCCUCAGCGUUGCCGCCGGCAGCUUUAAUGGCUACAAUGGACUCGGAGUUAGCAACAUAAACACCAUUAAUUGUGCCUCCGCCGCCGCCAACAGCAGCAGCAGCAGCAACAACAACAACAACAACCUUAACCUUAACCUUAACAGCAGCAACAACAACCUGAACAACAGUAGCAACAACAACAACAACAACAACAACCUGAACAGCAGCAACAGCAGCAACGGCUCCCGCGGCCAGCACAAUGAGUACAUGAUGUCGCUGGCGCUGGAGGAGCGCAAGCGAAAGAUUGAGCUGCUCAAUGUACAGAUCGAGUAUUGGCAAACGUUAACCAAAAAACUGGACUCACAGUCCGGCCACUAUCCCAAUCCGGCGUGCCUCUGCCAUUUUCCAGGCAACAGUGUCAUGGGCGUGGGCGCCAGCGUGGGCGUCAGCGGCGCGGCCAGCACAGCCGCAGCGAGUGUGUUGCAAACGCAGUCAAGCAGCAGCUAGUCCGAAGCGAACGAUGGCG